UAAUUGUAAUACAGGUCCUGUAUACUGAUGAUAGUAAAUAAACACUGUAGUGUUCAGAUUUGGAUCCUAAACGGUUACUUUUUUCCUUGGGCUGAACCAACUAGUUUACCUUUUUGCGUUUUUUUAUUUCUGUGUAUACUUUAUUCUAUCAAUGUCGGCAGACAUUAAUGAUGCUGUUUGUAAUAUUAAAGUAGUCUGUAGAUUGAGACCUGUCAAUGAAAGUGAGGUUAAAGCUGAAUCAAAAUAUAUAGUUAAAUAUCCAACCAACACUGAAGAUUGCGUAUCAAUUGGGGGUAAAGUGUAUGUCUUUGACAAAGUGUUCAAACCAAAUGCAACUCAAGAUACCGUUUAUGAAGAAACUGCAAAGACAAUCGUUAAAGAUGUGCUCAUGGGAUAUAAUGCUUCAUCUAAAAAGCUUCAUCUACUCGGUCCACCAUUAUUAGCUAAUUCACAAAUGACUGGUAUAAAUAGUUCUCUUCUCUACAAUGGAUCAAGGUUUGCUGGCCACCAGAAAUCAAAAGGAAACUCAUAUGAUGUUGAAGUUAUUUUACAGCACGUUGACAAAGCUAACUCAUACCUCUGUGGAUACCUCAAGAUAAUAGGUUUAACGGAAGAAUUUCCAACCAUGACAACUUUCUUCCAUGGAGAAAUCAUAUCAAAGAGAUAUCCAUUCUUAACAAGGAAAUGGGAAGCCGAUGAAGAAGUUGACAAAAAACAUUGGUCUAAGUUUCAGCCUUUUGCCGAAAAUUUUGUAAAUACUUUCAAUUCUGAUAAUUUUGAUUACGCUCAGUUGGACAACUUUGAUUGUAUGUUUAUGAGAUGGAAGGAACAUUUCCUCGUACCCGAUCAUACCAUAAAAGAAAUUAAUGGAGCUAGUUUUGCUGGUUUUUAUUAUAUUUGCUUCAACAAGAAGACUCAACUGAUCGAAGGUUACUAUUAUCAUAGGUCAUCUGAGAUGUACCAAUCACUCAUUCUAAAACACGUUAAUGAAACUUCAACCCAAGUGUUCGAGUUUCGAUAAUUUUGGAUUGCUGCUUAAACUAAAUCCAUAAGUACUACAUCCAAUAAUUUGGUUCUUUUUUUGCUUUUCAUUCGACUUCACCAUCAAAAAAUAUUUAUAUACGAAGCUCGUCAAUCUUUUCAAUUGUCAUCUAUAAAACAACAGAUACCAAGGAUUUUUUGGCCAAAGCCUUUUUUCUCUAACUGUUCAAAUCAAACUGUAAACCAUUUGUUUCAUCUAUAUAUACAUACCUUCUUCUUCAUACUGAUUCCCUCUCUGCAAUUACUAACGGUGAUUCAUUCUUAAGUUUUUUACAUCCGCUAAAUCAUCAUCGCUUAAUUUCUCAAUUUCUUAAUAACAUCAUUUUUCAACUUUUUUAGCUCUUGACCUUCCCUUUUUCAUUUGCUCGGUGACAUUUCCCUGCUUUGUAAUUUUACUCCUACCUAAUUACAACUGAUUCACCUUUUUCAGUCACCUUAACAUAACUCCAUUACUUUAGCAUUGUCUUUUUUUCGUCUAUAAUCUUUUGCUUCUCUCGCUCAUUUCAAGUUAGACAAGUUUCCGGAAAAAGCAUUGGAUUUUAUGAUAAUCAGCAAAAUCAAAAUCAUCGUUGAGUAUCAAUUAAAGACGAGUUAAAAAGCAAGCAAACUUAAUAUCAAAUUGGAUCACUGCUAUUCAUCUUCAUCUGAACUUUUUGAAAACCAGCAUACAUUCAUCAUAAUCUAGUUUUAAAUGAAUACUCAAAUCAAUCAGCUGCAAGACUAACAAAUGAUUGAAUGAAAAUCAACUUGACCAUUCAAAGGACUGAGUUCAGGUUAAUUUCACCAAAUUUUAUCUAUCGUUAUGACAAACAAAAAGUUGUUGCAUUUUCAGAGUUUACAUCUAUUUAAGCUGUCAUUCACCACCAACAUCGUCGUUCAAAAUGCACUCACUUCAAAGAAAUUGUCAAUAAUAAUCAAAAACAACAAAAUAUCUGUAAAUUUAUCAUAGAGACAAAAGCCCACUUCUUCAAAUGGGUAGAUUAACAAAUACCAUUUUAAAUUUA